UUAAAUUUCUUAAUCAUAUUUUAUCAAAGUUGUAUCUCUAAUCAAUUCAUGAAAAAGAAAAAUCAACCUUUCAAAAACAUCUCACUAUCUCUUAUGAUUAGUCUUCACAUAAGUACCUUAUUUUAUAGAGAAUCAAGAGAAGCAAAAGAGCACAAAGAGAAAAAAAAGGAAAAGAAAAAAUGAAUCCAACCCGGGGUCCCUGCCUAAAACAUCAGUAUCCUGAACCAAAGAUUGACUGAUUCACACAUGACCACACUUACCUUCUUUCUCUCUUUUUUCAUUCAAAAUCAUUGCACUAAUGUCACUCACAUUAAUUCCUUCCAUAUAAAUACAUCUUACUCCUUUAAACCAACCACACCCCAACAUAAAAAAUUCAAACUUUCAUUAAAUUAAUAUUCUCUAGCUAUUUCUUAGGUACCACAUGGAGUGCAACUUUCCUCCUCCACCUUGCAACAACAAUACUAUCACUUCUUCAUCUUCAAAAACAAAGAGAAAGGAGAAAAAGGGUGUGAAGAAAAGCAAAGGUUCAUCAUCAGUGAAACUUUCAACUGAUCCACAAAGUGUUGCAGCUAGAGAAAGAAGACAUAGAAUCAGUGACAGGUUCAAGAUUCUUCAGAGUAUGGUACCUGGUGGGAGUAAAAUGGACACUGUUUCUAUGUUGGAAGAAGCUAUUCACUAUGUUAAGUUUCUUAAGACACAGAUUUGGCUUCAUCAAACAAUGAUUAACUUUGUUGAUGAUGAUCACAUGUUCAUUCCUCAAGAACAUAACAACUUUCAUUCUCUUGAUCAACAUAUUAAUCCUAACUCAAGUUCAAUUGAGCCUUUGGAUACUUUGCCACAGUUACCACUAGAGCAGUUCUGUUUUCAAGGUGAAGAAGAGAACAAAUUCAUCUUUAAUAUGCCACUAUGAACUAUUAAUUAGCCACCAAAUUAGUUAAUUAGUGUCUCUAUCUUAAGUUCUGUUUUUUGUAAUAGUGAAAAUUAAAUGCUAUAUAUAUAAGUAUAUCUUAUGAGUUAGUGAAUGAUGUUAAUUAAUGUUGCAUGUAAUUGUUGCAUACUAGUAGUGUCAUUCUCUAUCACAAUUCACAAAGAAAAAAACUUUAUUUUAUGUGCCAA